ACUUUUUUUGCCAUGCAGUGCCAACUCUAAGCCUAAGUGUUGCAAAACGGUCUGACAGGUGUAUAAGCUCGUAUUGACCACGUAUCUGACCGACCGGCCCUACGUGUCAGCUGCCACGGAGGCCUACCCGCGCGCACCCGUCUCGGUCGCUCCAUGUAGCCGGGUCCGGUCGAACCCAACCGGAGCCAGCCGCACUCUGUCCCUCUCCUCGCCUCAUCGCCCUCGUCUCUCCAGCCGCCGCCGCCGCUCGCCGCGCAGACCGCCGCGUCCGCCACCGCCGGCGUGCCAUGGUCUUCGAGGAUGAGAGCAGCGACGACUUGUCCGGCCUGCAGAUGUCCUCCUCCUCCGACGGGAUGCAUUAUCAGAUUCCUGCUAGCAUUGAAGACCAAGACUACAAUGGCUUGGAGAAGGCACCAGAGGGGCUCUGCGUGGAGCAUCGGCUGCCAACUGAGCGCCGUGUAGCUUUUGAAUCAUUUGAGACGGGCAGGAGGUUUCUAGUUUGUGCUCAGCCUGAAGCUGUAAAUUGUGGUUUCCUUGCUUGGGUUGACCCAGAGUAGCCUCCCACAAUGCAAAAUGCAUUGUUGAAGCUUUGGGAAAUGUUUGAAGACAGCAGGACUGCUAGGAGGAAGGAUAACCUGGAAAGUUCACUUACUAUCCACCACCUUAAAGAAGAGAAAAGGAAUCUGGAUGCCAACUAUGACAAACUAGUUGAAGAUGUCCAUCAACUUCUCAGUGCCCAGGAGGACAGGGUGUUGGAUUUCAGCUCUCUGCAAGCUAAGGAGAAGAGAGAUGAGAGAGCCAGUGCAUCAGUUGUGGCUGCCAUGAAGAAUGAGAUGGAGAAGAAAGAGGUAGAGAACUUCAAGAUGAAAGAGAAGUACAAAGUGCUGAUGAACCUGGUAGAAGCUCAAGGCACUGUCAUUAGGAACCUGAAGAUGAAUCAUUUGAAAGAGAAGGAAAAGCUAGCUGAAGGCAACAACAAUUUAAAGAUUCAGGUUGAUGAGCUCACCAAGUCUUUGGAAAAAAUCACAGAAGAGAAUGUGCAGCUGAACCUUCACAUGUCUGAUCUCAAGAGGGGGCAUGAGAAUCUGAUAAAACGCAGGGAUGAGGUAAAGCUCCAGCUUUCUGUUCAUUUGAAGUCACUGGAGAAGAGCAACGAGAAGUUGAAGUUGAUCCAUGACAUCCUGAAGGAAUGAGGUAGAUGAAGAUGAUCUGGGUAGAUGAAGCAGAGCAUACCUAUCAUGAUAUAAGUUGCUUUGAUAGAAGGCUUUGCUAAUCUUUUGUGAAGGGUGGUUUAGUUAAGUGUAAUGUAUGGAUGUAGUAGUUGUGAACAAUGUUGAACUCCACUAUGCUAUGGUCUUUAGGUAAUGUUGCAAGAAUCUA